UGACAUCAUUCACUUACUGUCAUUUUAAUGAUGUUUUAUUUUAUAGUUUUACUAUUAUUGAACAUUGUCUAUAACUAUGAAGUAAAUGCUUUGGAGAAUGAACAUAUUGAACCGGUGUUUGAAAAAUUGAUUGAAUAUGUGAAUCAAAAUCCAGGCUUUGGAUGGAAAGCAGGAAUUAAUAGUCGUUUCAGAAAUUUAAAAGAUACUCAAAAAUUGUUUAGAAAUAACAUUAAAAUUAAGGAUUCAGGUGGAAAACAAAUUCAAACAAUUUCCCAUAGAAAUGUGGAUAUGGUUAUACCUCAUUCAUUUGAUGCAAGAGAUCAUUGGGUAAACUGUUCAACUAUCAAAAAGAUUCAUGAUGAAUGUUGCUGUAGAGCAGAUUGGGCAUUCGCAACGGUAGACUCAAUUAGUGAUAGAAUUUGUAUUUAUUCAAAUGGUAAAGUUUCUGUACAACUAAGUGCUCGUGAUGUUAUAAGCUGUGGUUUUAGCCCAGGGUGUUCUCAUGGAAAUGAAAUAGAAGUUUUAAUGUACUGGAUUGUAAAUGGUAUUGUUACCGGUGGGUCAUAUGAAGAUCAAAGUGGCUGCCAACCUUAUCCUUUUUCAAAAUAUCCUGAGUGCAAAGACGUGAAUUAUGAGUUCCCACUGUGUACAAGCGAAUGUCAAGAUGGUUAUAAUAAGACAUACGAAGACGAUAAGUUUUAUGGUGAAAAUAUUUACAAUGUUUAUGAUAAUCAAGAGGAUAUUCAAAAAGAAAUUUUGAUGAAUGGUCCAGUGAUAGCAAGUAUUUUUGUGAAAACAGAUUUUUUGAUCUAUAAAUCAGGAGUUUAUUUACCAACACCUAGAUCAAGUAAUUUAGGUUGGAUAAAUUUACGAAUAAUUGGUUGGGGUUAUGAAAGAAAAACACCUUAUUGGUUAUGUGCAAAUUCAUGGAGUAAAGAAUGGGGUGAUAAUGGAUAUGUAAAAGUUCAACGUGGAGUACAAGCAGGUUAUAUUGAAUCAUAUGUAAGAGCACCAAUUCCAAAAAUAUAGACAUAAAAUUCCAUAUGUAAAUUAAGACUAUAUAGUUUUGUCUGUUAAUUAUUAAUAAUUACUUAUGAAUUCCUUCUCAUUUUUUUAAAACUUACAACGUGCUAUGUUCUGCCGUCAUCAGAUUCAGAUAUAUAACUAUCCUUGAGAUAUAUUAGCUAAGACAUUAAUAAAGUGCAUUAUUAGCUUCAUCUAAUCAUGUGCCUUGUUUAUAAUUUCAUCUUGAACAUAGAUAUUUGAUAUGACUAGUUUCACCCAGCCUAUCACAACGAAAUUAUUACUUAUAUUAGUCUAAAUCAAAGACCUUUGUUAUAACACCUUUAUUAUUCGUGUAUAUCAAACAUGGGUAUCAUAUCACUUCGCUCCUUAAAGCUCUUAUUUAUUACCUACUUCGGAAUACAAUAAGAACAUUACUGU